UUGGGAAGAUAUUUUCAGUGCGGCAUUAGUAAGUCAUUGAAGAUGCGUUCUGUGUGCUGUAUUCGAACCCAUCUAGCUUCUCACUCAACCUAAAGAACGGUUAAUUGCAAGUCAAAACCCAGCAGCAAAAUCGAUGGAAACGAACAAAGCAAGCAAAAAGCUGAACAUCGCCAUCGUACACCCCGAUCUGGGAAUCGGUGGAGCUGAGAGAUUGAUUGUUGAUGCCGCUGUUGAGCUUGUUUCCCAUGGGCACAAUGUUCAUGUUUUUACAGCUCACCAUGAUAAGACUCGGUGUUUUGAGGAAACUCUUGGUGGUACCUUCCCAGUUACAGUGUAUGGGGAUUUCCUACCUCGCCAUAUCUUCUACCGUCUUCAUGCAUUAUGUGCAUACGUGCGAUGCAUUUUUGUUGCGCUUUGUGUGCUUCUCAAUUGGUCACCAUUUGACAUUAUACUGGCUGAUCAAGUUUCUGUGGUCAUCCCAAUUUUGAAACUUAAAGGGUCAACAAAGGUUUUAUUCUAUUGUCACUUCCCAGAUUUGUUACUGGCUCAACAUACAACUUUUCUCAGGAGAAUAUAUAGGAUGCCUAUAGACUUUGUUGAAGAAAUAACAACUGGAAUGGCAGAUAUGAUACUUGUUAAUAGUAAAUUUACAGCCACUACCUUUGCUAAUACUUUCAAGCGUCUUCAUGCACGAGGAAUUUUUCCAGCUGUCCUAUAUCCGGCAGUCAAUGUGGAUCAGUUUGAUGAACCCUAUUCUAAUAAGUUGAAUUUUCUCUCCAUUAACCGUUUUGAAAGGAAAAAGAAUAUUGAUUUAGCUCUUUCAGCCUUUGUUACGCUUCAAAUGCAUGAAGGGGAUCAUAACAUAUCUGAUGUUACCUUGACCAUUGCAGGUGGGUAUGAUGGACGCUUGAGGGAGAAUGUUGAGUACUUGGAGGAGCUUAAACGCUUUGCAGUAGAAAAUAAAGUUGCCAACCGUGUUAGGUUUGUUACGUCUUGCUCCACAGCUGAAAGAAACGCCUUUCUCUCUGAAUGCCUGUGUGUACUUUAUACACCAAAGGAUGAACACUUCGGCAUUGUUCCAUUAGAGGCAAUGGCAGCGCACAAACCUGUAAUUGCAUGCAACAGCGGAGGCCCUGUGGAGACGAUUAAGAAUGGGGUUACUGGAUUCCUUUGCAACCCUACGCCCCAAGCUUUCGCAUCGGCCAUGGGUACUCUCAUCAAGGAUCCCCAGUUGGCUAAGACAAUGGGUGAAGAGGCCCUGAAGCAUGUCACAGAGAAUUUCUCUACAAAGACUUUUGGCCAGCAUUUGAAUCGAUUCGUCAUUGAUAUCGUUAGAGGUAAGGAAGACUGAGACUGGGAAAAUCAUUGUACGCAGACAAAAAUAAUUGACAAAUCAGAUCGGGCUGUCACUAGCAAAAAACAUUAAGGUUUAUUAAGUAAAUAUUUUCAUUAACAUGUUUUGAAUAUUAUACCUGUUUUAAUAGAUGAUAAAGCCUUCAAAUCUGUAGAGGCUUUUACUUUCGAAGAAAA